AUGGCAGAAGCAUCUUUCCAAUCGCAGCGACCGCCUCCGCUCCAUGGCCCCUACAUCCUCCGCAAGCUCGUCGCAAACCUACCGCUGUCCGCUGACGGCCCCUCUGCAGACGUGCGCAUCACGUGUGUAGAAGUAUCGAACGGCAAUCUCUACGUGGGGACAUCUGCCUCCGAGAUCAUCCACUUCGUCCUCCUACCACCAGAGACCGACGACCCUUGCGAAGAACCCACUGCCAUCAUCGCCUCCCGAUUGGAGCCGCCGCACAAUGACAACAACGGGCCUGGCGUGCAGCAGAUCCUGUUGCUUCCCAAGAUCAGCAAGGCCUGCGUACUGUGCAACAAUACCCUCUCCAUCUACUCGCUGCCCGAGCUGAGCCCAGACUCGACCUUCAAGCCAAUCGGAUGUCUUUGGGUUGGAGGGGUCGACUUGAACGAGGACGUCGAUAGGUCUUCUGAGGAUGGCGUAGUCGUCGUCAUUGGCUUGAAGAAGCGACUACGACUGGUGCAGAUAUCCGAGAACUCCCCUCCAAAAGCGAUCAAAGCAAUCGAGUACGGAGGCUGCUUAGUUUCCGUCCGCCGAGAUACUUUCUCAUGCGCUGCCGAUGCGCACUCGUAUGCCCUCCUGGACAUCGUACAUCAGCAAAAGAUAGGCCUGUUCCCCAUCUCAUCCUUGGACCCCGAUGCUGGUGAUGUUGGUGGAGCUGCUGAGCACUUGGCGACCGUACCUAGUGCACCCUCUAGAAGCGCCUCUUCUGCAGAUCGACAUCUACGAGGUCCUGAGGAGCAGCGUGGUCAUGCUCGAAGUACUAGCCUGAAUGUGCUUGGUCUCGGCGGUCCUUCUAGAACAGCAAGUCCACAGCCUCCGGCGCAGCGAUAUGGGUUCGACGUGCCAGAAUCGCUGUCCCGGGACAUGUCACCAGCCCCUGCCCGUUCCCCUGCGCGAGUGCCCAUGGGGGGUGAACAAUAUGAGAGAUCGUCUAGUCGUUCUCGUGGCGGCGCAACCUCACCCGACAAACCUCUACCGCCACCUCCGACAGAGGAAGAUAGGCCACAAGCUGAAGAGCCACCACUGCCACAACCGCCACCAUUCAUCCCAUUGAAACCUCACGUCGCAUCACCAAAUCCGAACGAGUUCUUACUAACGGUCGGCACAACACCUUCUGAUCAAGGUGUCGGCAUGUUUGUGAAUCUCGACGGGGACAUGUGCAGGGGUAGUAUUCAAUUCAGUAGCUACCCUGAUGCCAUCGCUGUCGACGGCUCGGGCAUGGACUUCUCAGCAUCUAUCAGUCCGGACAUGAACGCUGAAGAAGGCUACGUGCUAGCCGUCGUUCAUCGAGAAUCACAAGGCAACACUACCUAUGGUGUCGAGGUACAGCGAUGGGAUGUAGAUCCGAGCGCUGGCGAAGUGGAUAAGUACUGGCUCAACUUCAGUCCUCUCGGAUUGCCAGUGCACACCAAUGGCUCCUACAUAUCGACGCCUAUAGGUAUGCGCACCGUAGUGCAGCCUUUCGAUCUCGUGAUACCAGAAAUAGGCGCAAAAUUAACCGUUCGGAAACUGCAUCUUACUCCGACCGAAGAAACAGCAGAAGAGGCCCCUCGGGUUGCAAAGAGCCAAGCGACCGCCGAUCGUGAGUUUGCAGAGCGCCUAUCCAAACUGCAGUCUCGAAUUGUGGUCUGGGCUGGUGAUCAGAUAUGGUGGACGGUACGCAAUCCACUAGUGACCCAGUUAGAUUCUCGAAUUGAAGCUGCGCAGUAUGCGCAGGUGGGAGAUGUGGCACGCAUUCAGCCCGCCAGGGGGGCCAUAGAAAAAGUACUAGGCGAUAUUCGAGGACGAGAACCGCAAAAUGAGUCUGAAUACCUCAGUCUCAUAUACAUUCGUCAAAAGGCCUCGCUCAUGCUCUUCAUGGACGUGGUCCUACGUACAAAGGCCGACAUCAUCAUAUUCGAGAACGAGAAGCGCAUUACAGAACAAGCGCUCAUCGAGGGCGAGAUGGAUCCGCGCGUUGUCUUGAGCCUGAUGCCGAUUCUCUAUCGAGAGGUCGUUCAAGGAUCUGAUGGCAUACAAAUUUACGGCGGCAUCACGACCCUAGUAGAGCAUUUUUUGCAACAGAACGACGUAUCUGCAAUGCCGACAAACAUCAAUGGUCCCUUUGGUGAUAAUCUUUUGCACUUUGUAAAGCGUUACCUUCAGUUUUGGAGACGGCGAAAGGGAAUGGCCAGUGUGACCAACGACCCAUCAGUGUUUAAGAGUGUCGAUGCGGCGCUGCUUCAUAUUCUUUUACUGUUGGACCAAGGCAGCGCGAAAGGUACCUCCAGUCCAGGCGCCCAACGAGCAGAACUCUAUGACCUAGUAGAUAAGGAAGUAGAGUGUUUCGACCGUGCUGUUCAAUUGCUAGAGCAGUUCAAGCGUCUCUUUCUGCUCAGUCGCUUGUACCAAGGUAACUGUAAGGCUUCCGUCAAGGCGUCACACGUGCUGGCGACCUGGAAACGAAUCAUAGAGGGCGAAGAAGACAAGGGAGGGGAACUUGUAGAUGGCGAGCAGAAGGUGCGCGACUACCUACGAAAGAUCCGGGAUCAGGGACUUGUGGAAGAAUACGGCGCUUGGCUAGCUAAUCGGAACCCCAAACUCGGUGUUCAAGUAUUCGCCGAUGAUCAGAGUAGAGUCAAGUUUGAUCCUACCCGAGCUGUUGCUUUGCUCAGGGACAAAGCGCCAGGCGCGGUCAAAGACUACCUGGAAUAUCUGGUUUUCGGUCAGAAGAAGCACCCACAGUAUGUGAAUGAGCUCAUUGCUUUCUAUCUCGACAGCGUCAUCAAUGAGCUCGAAAGCAACGCUGGAUCGCGGGCCACGCUGUCGCAAAGCUACGAGACGUACCGUAUCCUGGAGCCACCCAAACCAACGUACUUCUCCUUCAUAAACGACAAUGCUCUUGCUGCAGAAUGGUGGCAUGCGCGUAUACGUCUGCUCCAAUUACUUAGCGAGACAUCCUCUUACGAUGUGAACACAGUUCUGUCGCGCCUACAGCCGUAUGAGCAAGAGCUGGUCUCCGAAAUGAUCAUCUUGAAUGGUCGACAAGAACGACACGAAGAAGCGCUAAAACUGCUCACCCAUGGUCUCGGCGACUACAACACUGCUAUAAGCUACUGUUUGUAUGGUUACGCCUCCAUACAUCGACGUGCUACGCCAGGCGCACCCCCUGUUUCGCAUAGCCAGAUACCUACUCGUCCUGAGCAGUCACGCAUGUUCGGACACCUGCUAAAAGAGUUCCUGACUAUAGAAGACCUUUCACAACGUGUUGAGCGAACAAGUGAACUUCUGGAACGCUUUGGAGGCUGGCUUGAUGUAGCUGAUGUGUUGGCAAUCGUGCCGGACGAUUGGUCAGUAGAUGUGUUCUCUGGUUUUUUGAUACAGACGUUGCGGAAGCUGGUGAGAGAUAAGGCAGAAAGUGAUAUCGUGAGGGCUCUUAGCGAUGCGCAGAAUAGUCAGACGAGCAGCAAAUUGGUAGAGAAGAGAGACGAAUAUGGCGCCACAUUCGAGAGGGCAGCUUACAUCACAAUGCAGCGCCGUAUGCUCACCAAGGACGAAGAGGCCUCAGCUCAGAGCGAGGAUCUGGAGGUGCGCCGUGAGGAUCAAGAGAAGAUCAACAAGUUCAGUUCGCUGCAUCAAAAAGAGGAGAUCCUCGAGGAAGAGCUGAGGGCCAAGAUUAAGGAGAAGGAAGAUUUGGAGGAGAUCUCGGGCGAAUUGGAGCUCGUCGAUGAAGAGGAGAAAGUACCGUACAAAGUGGGUGACUGUUUUGUCUCCUUACCACAGCCGCAGGUUCUCGAACUCCUAAGUUCUUCCACAGAGAACAUUGAUGGUGAGGUAGAAGCGCUAAAGGCCAAGCUAGAAAGCAUUCAAGAAGAGAUGGGGGAGUUGAAGAAGGCCCUUUAUGGCCGGUUUGGACGCAGCAUCAACCUUGAAACAUAA